GCAGCGCGCAACCGUCACUUUCGAAUAGUCAAUCGGCAGUCGUAGAACGGUGUGUACACAGUACAACGUGUGUCCCGCGCCUACUUAGAACAGUCCAGUGCAGUUGUGCCAACAUUCCAGCCAGCCGAAAAAGAGAACGGUCCGUUUAACGGAUUGUAACUAGUUCGGGAUUGUAACCCAACCCGAUCGAGGAUUCUGCUGUCCAGCCUGAAUCGAUCAGUCAUCAGUUUAGAGUGCGAGUGUUCUUCCUACAAGUACAAACAUGUCGAAAACUCUGGAGGAAUCUCCCAAUGCCCACAUCAACAAAACUCUGUUGGACAAAUACAUGAGUCUGCCGUUACCGGAAGGCAAGAUCAUAGCUACCUACAUUUGGAUCGAUGGUACGGGCGAAAAUGUCCGCUGCAAGGACCGCACACUGGAAUUCAUCCCGGACAAACCGAGUGAUCUUCCCAUCUGGAACUACGAUGGCAGCUCGUGCUAUCAGGCUCAAGGUCACAACUCGGAUGUCUAUCUGCGCCCGUCUGCCAUCUACCGGGAUCCGUUCCGUCGUGGCAACAGUAUUUUGGUGAUGUGUGAAACCUACCGAUUCGAUGGAACCCCGACCGAGUCCAACCGACGCAAGAGCUGUAAUGAGGUAUGCGAAAAGGUCGCUAACGAGCAUCCCUGGUUCGGAAUUGAGCAGGAGUACACUCUGCUGGAUAUUGAUGGAAGGCCACUGGGAUGGCCAAAGAAUGGAUUCCCUGGUCCACAGGGACCGUACUAUUGUGGAGUCGGUGCUGAUAAGGUGUAUGCGCGUGACAUCGUUGAUGCCCAUUAUCGGGCUUGUCUGUACGCUGGAAUAAAGAUCUGCGGUACUAAUGCGGAGGUUAUGCCGGCGCAGUGGGAAUACCAGGUCGGUCCGUGCGAAGGAGUCUCCAUUGGAGACGAUCUGUGGGUUUCUCGUUUCCUGCUGCACAGAAUAGCGGAAGAAUUUGGAAUCGUUGCUACCCUGGACCCAAAGCCGAUAAUCGGUGAUUGGAAUGGGGCCGGUGCGCAUACCAACGUUUCGACCAAGAGUAUGCGUACCGAUGGUGGAAUCGUAGAAAUUGAGAAGGCCAUCGCCAAGCUUUCGAAGCACCACGACCGGCACAUCCGUGCGUACGAUCCGCAUGGAGGAAAGGACAACGAACGACGUCUGACGGGAAAGCACGAAACUAGCUCGAUACACGAUUUCAGUGCCGGAGUGGCCAAUCGUGGAGCCUCGGUGCGAAUCCCUCGUGGCGUAGCCGAUGAUGGCAAGGGCUACUUUGAGGACCGUAGACCCAGCUCUAACUGUGAUCCGUACAGCGUUGUGGAAGCCAUUCUGAGGACAAUUUGUCUGGACGAAUGAAAAUGAAAAUUCUCGUUUCGUUUUAUUGUUUACGAAUGGUGUUUUUUGUAUGUUUUAAGAAGAUAUAAUCUUUCAAUUUAUAAUUGCUAAAGAAGAAGAAUAUCGAUAUGUUAACCAUCUGGAACAAUUCCAAAGUAGGCUACUAAGCUGCAAUUGCAAAAACACGUGUAAUAUUCAUAACAUGAUAGGUUUAAGCGAUAUGUAACAAUGUUGUUAUAUUUUAUGUGUCAUAAGUGAUUAAAUUAUUAAUAUUAUUAUUAUUAUUGAUAUUAGAAAACAUGAAUUCCAUCUGUAGCUCA